AAAGAGGAUCUCGGCACAGCGGCCACAUUGGCCACAAUCGAUAGCCGUGAUUUACUGGUGGCUCUGAAGCAAAGUAGUGUGUUCAAUCCACGAACGUCCUAUCGAGUACUGAGCAAUAUAGAUGGAACGAAUGUGUUCAUGUCAUCAUCACAAUUUUCCAGGAAUUAUAACUACUUAUGCGAAUCGAGAGGCAAGGAGAGAUGCCCGGAAGGAUUCGAGAUGUGGAAUGGUAAAUGCUAUCGAUUCUUCAGCGAGAAACAAGGCUUCGAGGAGGCCGCUGAGACGUGUGCACAGAUCAGCGCCUACUCAACUCUGGCAAGUGCUGAAGACGAAACAACGAAUCGAUUCUUGUCGAGUACGUUACUGAGUUUUAGUUUACCUUCCAGGUAG